CCUGGCAUGCUCCAUGAAUCAGCAGAGGAUUUGUUUCAUUUCAAUGUGGGGGGCUGGCAUUUCUCAGUUCCCAAAAGCAAACUUGCUCAGUUCCCAGACUCGCUGCUAUGGAAAGAGGCUUCAACCUUAAACUCUUCAGAAAACCAGAGGCUAUUUGUCGACAGAGAUGGCUCCACAUUUAGGCACGUGCACUAUUACCUCUACACCUCCAAGCUCUCCUUCUCCAGUUGUGCAGAGCUGAACUUGCUCUAUGAGCAAGCACUGGGGUUGCAGCUGAUGCCUUUGCUGCAGACUCUAGACAAUCUGAAGGAAGGGAAGCACCACCUCCGUGUGCGGCCCGCAGACAUUCCUGUUGCUGAGAGAGCAUCUUUGAACUACUGGAGAACAUGGAAAUGUAUCAGCAAACCCUCGGAAUUUCCAAUAAAAAGUCCAGCCUUCACAGGCCUGCAUGACAAGGCACCUUUGGGGCUCAUGGACACACCACUGUUAGACACAGAAGAAGAAGUACACUACUGCUUCCUGCCCCUAGACCUGGUAGCCAAGUAUCCAAGCCUUGUGACUGAAGACAACCUGCUGUGGCUGGCUGAGACUGUGGCCCUCAUCGAAUGCGAGUGCAGCGAGUUCCGCUUCAUUGUGAAUUUUCUUCGCUCACACAAGAUUUUGUUACCGGAUAAUUUCUCCAACAUAGAUGUGUUAGAAGCAGAAGUAGAAAUUCUGGAAAUCCCUGAGCUCACAGAAGCUGUACGGUUGUGUCGGAUGAACAUGGGAGGCUGUUCCCGGACCUCCUGUCCUUCCCCAAGCCCUGGAAAAGGGGGGCGUGCAGCUGGCCUGGAGUCCACAAAGCCACUGUACAUGAUGGCCCUGGGUCUGCUGGUGAAGUAUCCAGACUCUGCGCUGGGACAGCUUCGCAUUGAGAGCACGCUGGAUGGAAGCAGACUAUACAUCACGGGGAAUGGGGUCCUCUUCCAGCACGUGAAGAACUGGCUGGGGACUUGCCGGCUGCCUCUAACUGAGACCAUUUCUGAGGUGUAUGAGCUCUGUGCCUUCCUAGACAAGAGGGACCUCACCUAUGAGCCAAUGAAAGUGGCUUUGAAGACUCAUCUGGAGCCGAGGACUUUGCCACCUAUGGAUGUGCUCAAUGAGGAGUGGACAGCAGAGAUCACUGUGUAUUCCCCUCAACAAAUCAUCAAGGUUUAUGUAGGAAGCCAUUGGUAUGCAACUACCCUGCAGACCCUGCUAAAGUAUCCAGAACUGCUGUCCAACCCUCAGAGAGUGUACUGGAUCACAUACGGACAGACCCUGCUCAUCCACGGAGAUGGCCAAAUGUUCCGACACAUUCUCAAUUUCCUGAGACUUGGAAAACUGUUUUUACCAUCUGAAUUUAAGGAAUGGCCUCUCUUCUGCCAGGAGGUGGAGGAAUAUCACAUUCCAUCGCUCUCAGAAGCCCUCACACAAUGUGAGGCAUACAAGACAUGGACCCAGGAGAAAGAAUCUGAAAAUGAAGAAGCUUUUCCCAUCAGGAAGCUGCAUGUGGUGACAGAAGGGCCAGGGUCACUGGUAGAGUUUAGUAGAGAUGCCAAAGAAACCACAGCCUGCAUGCCUGUGGACUUUCAAGACUGCAAUGACAGAACUCCAUGGAGCAAUGCCAAGGGGAACCUGGCCAUGGCCAGCCAGAUGGAAGAGGCUGAACAGUACACCAGGACUGUCCAGGUCUCUCUGUGCCGAAAUGCCAAGAGGGCAGGAAAUCCCAGUACAUACUCACACUGCUCUGGCUUAUGUAACAACCCCAGACACUGGGGGGGGCACUCUGAGAGUCCUCCCAAGAAGAAGGGCGCCACAAUUAACCUCACACAAAAAUCUGAAAACAAAGACCCUCCUGUCACCCCCAUGCAAAAACUCAUUUCCCUGGUGAGGGAAUGGGACAUGGUCAAUUGCAAACAAUGGGAAUUCCAGCCAGCACUCACAGCCCCCUUGAGCAGCACCUUGGAGGAGGCUGCCAUGCAUCUCCCCUCAGGAAGUGAGGCUUCUUCCCAGCCCUGCACCUCAGCUGCUUGGAAAGCCCACUCCAUAGCUUCAGAGAAGGAUCCAGGUCCGCAGACUGGGGCUGGAGUGAAAGACAAAGGUCCAGAGCCAGCCUUUAAGCCAUACUUCCCCACAAAAAGAGUUGUUGCUCUAAAGGACUGGGGAAAGCAGAGACCAAAGGAGAGAGAAAGGCCUGCCCCUGAUCAACACCUGCUUAAUGUCAGUGGGAUGGACAACCCAGGGGUCAUCCUCAAAGUGACUCACCCACCUGUGGUGGGUAGCGAUGGCUCUUGCAUGUUCUUUGAGGACAGCAUCAUCUACACCACACAGAUGGACAGCUUCAGGCAUGCAGCACUCACAGCCAGCCCCCAGCCCCAAGAGGUGACUUUCCUGAGUUUCUCUCUGUCCUGGGAAGAGAUGUUUUAUGCACAGAAAUGUCACCGCUUCCUGACUGACAUCAUCUUGGAUUCUAUCAGGCAAAAGGAUCCCAAAGCUAUUACAGCCAAGGUGGUCUCCUUGGCCAACAGGCUGUGGACCCUGCAUAUCAGCCCCAAGCAGUUUGUGGUGGAUUUGCUGGCCAUCACUGGCUUCAAGGAUGACCGGCACACCCAGGAGCGCCUGUAUAGCUGGGUGGAGCUCACACUGCCUUUUGCCAGGAAAUAUGGCCGCUGCGUGGACCUGCUCAUUCAGAAGGGCCUGUCUAGGUCUGUCUCUUACUCUGUCCUGGGCAAAUACUUAUUACAAGAAGGCUAGGGUGCCCAGAGAUGCUGCCCCCCACCAUCCCUCACCCACCAAGGCUCAUUGUUAACUGGGGAAAUCCUCAGAAUGCACGUGCCCAGACACAGGUACAAAUCAGUCUAUUUUUUUAUUUUAAACAAAU